GUCAGUUCGCCGCUGAAUGCCGAUCGACGUGGACCGUCGCGCGAACGCAGUCGUCACCGCCGUUCAAUCGAAUUCACAUUCGUUUUUCUCGCUUCUUGCCUAACAAAUCGUUUCACCCUUCUGUUUCACGUUACGAAAUCAUCAAAUCGGGAAAAGUGACACCAUGUUUUUCCGUGUCUAAUCAGCCUGUUUCGAUCUCCUGCUUCGGUGACAUCGCUGAUUGUUUCUGUCGCCUACCGCCAAGGCGGAAGAUAGGAGCAACCUGGAAACUGAAAACCUUCAAGCGCGAAAUGAUUAUACGUUGCCUUGGCGUAAACAAAUACCGGAAAACUGUGUUACUGGAGUAAAAGAGUUCAAGUGCGUGCGGAAUAGCCGAAAAACCCCGGGUUGGGAAAACUAAAGCAAAACAAGUUGGAAAAGAAACAACUAGUAAGUGAGACAGUAGUGCAGCAAGAAAUAGGUAACCAUUGCAAACCAUCGUAAAUGUAGUUUGAACCACUUUUGCCACCCGGCGGAUCAGCUCAGGCAGUCGCGGCAAGUCGGGCAGGUCCCGCUACCAUCACAUCACUGCUACGAGAUUGGAUUCGCAUUUGUCAACGGGCACUUCUAAUGGAAGGGUGCCUGGUACCACGGUCCGUUCCACCAUUCGAGCACUGGCUGUGGGUCCCACCGAUCAAAUCGAGGCCACCACCGAACAACGACCGACGGAGUACCGGGAGUUGAGCUGUAAGCGACGUUUGAACCCACCAACCAUCAAACCAUUCCAGUGCGCGUCGUCACGUGAAGUGAACCGAAAUUCGCGGAAACGCGGCAUACGAAAUUAGUGAAGUGACAAGUAGUGAAGUGUGUGGAAUAUGAAGCGGAAAAAAAGUUCCGUGUAGCCAAAGUGCGUUGUGUUCUAACGCAGUGUGCGUUUGAUCUGUGAAUUUCAUUUCAAAAUCGUUCGUUGGAAAAGCGGCAUCCCAGUAACCAUAGAGAUUGAAAAAGGUGAAAAAGUGUAUGUCACGGAAGGAUUCGCAUGAUAAAACCCUGUUAAGCUGAUAGUUUUCAUGCUUUUCCUUUAAACUGUGAAAGUGCCAUUGUGGUGCAGUGAAUCAGCUUUACUAAAGUUCUACCGUAACGAAUUGUACACUUCCAAAGUGUCUUUGCAAGUGCCCUUACUUCAGCAUAGCGAAGAAAUGUUGUUAAAUAAUAAUAUUUUGAAUAGCAGUGUUUUUAUAUCAAAUACACUAUGUAAAAGCUAGUGUUCCCUCUCUAGAAGGUUUAACAAAAUUGGGGCCAAAUUGUAAAUUUACCGUUAGGAAUUAAGUGAUAACGUCAUCCAACGAUAUACCAAAUACCACAUCCAGCUACCAUAACAUAGAUACCAAAGGAUUCACUAACAGCUGAUGGGAUUCUAACCGGUGCUGUUCGAGCAAAGCAACAACAAAGACCCAAAAAAAAACCUACAAGCCUUGCCUCCCGGAAUAUGACCACUAUGGGCAAGAACAGUCAUACUGCUAGAAAGCCACAAAAUGAACGUAGAAUACGAGCCAACGAUAGAGAAUAUAACACACAGUUUAAAUAUGCGAACAACUACAUCAAAACGUCCAAGUAUAGCAUUUUAACAUUUCUGCCUUUGAACCUGCUGGAACAGUUCCAACGUCUUGCCAAUUUCUAUUUUUUAUGCCUACUGAUCCUGCAAUUGAUACCGGCAAUUUCAUCGUUGACACCGGUCACCACGGCGAUUCCCCUGAUCGGGGUGCUGAUGCUGACGGCCAUCAAGGAUGCAUACGAUGAUUUUCAACGGCACAUGUCGGACUCACAGGUUAACAAUCGCCGGUCUAAAACGCUCCGCCACGGUAAGCUCGUGGACGAGAAGUGGUCCGGCGUGCAGGUCGGCGACAUCAUCCGCAUGGACAACGACCAGUUUGUCGCGGCGGACAUUCUUCUGCUGUCCUCGAGUGAACCGAAUGGGCUGUGCUUCAUUGAAACGGCCGAACUGGACGGGGAGACGAAUCUCAAGUGCAAGCAAUGCCUCGUAGAAACGGCCGUCAUGGGUAACCAGGAGGAUCUGCUGUGGAAGUUCAACGGGGAGAUCGUGUGCGAGCCACCGAACAAUCUGCUGAACAAGUUCGAAGGCACCCUGACCUGGAAGAAUCAACGGUACCCGCUGGACAACGAGAAGAUCCUGCUGAGGGGUUGCAUCAUCCGAAACACCCAGUGGUGCUACGGUGUGGUUAUCUUCGCUGGCAAGGAUACCAAGCUGAUGCAGAACUCGGGGAAAACCAAGUUCAAGCGGACUACCAUUGAUAGACUAUUGAAUUUUAUUAUUAUAGGGAUAGUAUUUUUUCUGUUAUCCAUUUGCGGAUUCUGUACGAUAGCGUCCGCCAUUUGGGAAGCGCUAGUAGGUUACAAAUUUCAAAUUUAUCUGCCAUGGGAACACAUUAUUCCAAAGGAUUACCUUCAAGGUGCAACUAUAAUCGGAUGUCUAGUCUUUUUUUCAUACGCAAUCGUACUGAAUACAGUGGUGCCAAUUUCUUUAUACGUGUCAGUAGAGGUGAUACGUUUCGCGCAAUCGUUUCUGAUCAACUGGGACGAACAGAUGUACUACGAAAAGUCGAAAACGCACGCCAAAGCGCGUACGACUACCCUUAACGAGGAGCUGGGUCAGAUACAGUACAUUUUCUCGGAUAAAACGGGAACACUGACGCAGAACAUUAUGACGUUCAACAAGUGCAGCAUAGCGGGACGGGCCUACGGGGAUGUGAUCGAUCUAAGAACCAGCGAGACUGUCGAAGUGUCCGAGCCUCCAUGCAACAGCAGUAGAACGCUUUUACUAAACACUGAAGAGUCAUCAGGUCGCAGCACACCUCAGCCAAGCUCAACCCUAACCGUGAACACCAAUACGGUUUCUUCCACUGGUAGUACAGCAACGCUCAAAGCCACCACCAACUACGACUACCAUCAACUCCCAAUGCAGCAACCAAAACAACAACAUCAACAAAAACAACUACAACAACAACAAUAUACUGCGAUUAGUCCCAAUACUCACGCAACAACACCUAGAAAGCUUCACUCGUCACUUCACGUUACGUUCAGUCAGCACAAUAAUAGCCACGAAACUAGAACAACUCCCACCCAACUUCAACAAACACCCGACGACACCGGUCAGGGUACUAAAACCCAUCCACGAAUAUCGAUACAUAACACCGCCAUUAACACUACCUAUUCCAACCAGAAGAAUACUACCGCAAACCUAGAAAAAACUACAAUGGAUUCAACAAUCACAUCCAUCUCUACGACCACUGAGCCGCUGAGUGGGAGUAACAACAAUGAGCAGGGAGUGCAUAUCACCGAACAAGUGGACUUCAGUUUCAACGCAGAGUACGAACCGGACUUUCGGUGGUUUGACCAGAGUCUACUGGAUGCGGUUCGAGCGGAUGAAGAAAAUGCCCACAGUUUUUUUCGGUUGCUCGCCCUAUGCCACACGGUGAUGCCGGAGGAAAAGAACGGAAGGUUAGAAUAUCAAGCACAAAGUCCUGACGAAGCGGCACUCGUUUCGGCGGCCAGAAAUUUCGGAUUCGUGUUUCGAUCCAGAGCACCUAAUAGUAUAACAAUUGAAGUGAUGGGACGAACGGAGGAAUAUGAACUGUUGAGUAUUUUAGAUUUUAAUAAUGUUAGGAAGCGAAUGUCGGUGAUAUUACGGCGGAAUGAUACCAUAAUAUUGUACUGCAAAGGGGCCGACAGUGUGAUAUAUGAUAGGUUAGGUAACAAUCAGCAGGACCUGAAAACGAGAACACAGGAGCAUUUAAAUAAAUUCGCCGGCGAAGGUCUCCGUACCUUGGUGCUAGCUGAACGACGACUGACCAAAGAGUUCUUCGAUUCCUGGCUCCUACGACAAAGAGAAGCUGCCUUAUCACUAGACGGUAGAGAAGAUAAGUUAGGUGCAAUCUACGACGAAAUUGAGUGUGACAUGCAACUGAUCGGUGUGACGGCGAUCGAGGACAAGCUGCAGGACGGCGUGCCGCAGACGAUCGCGAAUCUGCAGAUGGCCGGCAUCAAGAUUUGGGUUUUGACAGGAGAUAAACAGGAAACGGCUAUCAACAUCGGUUACUCCUGUCAGCUACUCACGGAUGAUAUGGUUGACGUAUUCAUAAUCGAUGGACUCACAAGAUCGGAAGUUGAACAGCAGCUACGCAAGUACAUGGAAACGUUACGCAUUGUAAACACCUACCAACCAACGACUUUACCGAAGCCAUCCUUCAACCAGUCUAGCGAACUGACGGGUAUGACGGCCAACGGUGGCAAUACCCGUAGCUCCGGUCCAAUAAUCGAAAUCCAGAAUUCAUCGCCUCCGUCGGUAUCGGUGGUGACUUUUAGGUGGGAUAAUAGACAUAGAUAUACGAGUAUAGGAGGAAGCGAGGAGGCGUCGGACAGUGUAAAUGCUAGCAACUAUUCGGACACAGUAACGAAACCCGACUCAUCACUAACCGACCAGGACGAAGGUGCGGGGGUGGCACUGGUCAUUAACGGUCACUCGCUCGAGCACUGUCUGACCAGCGAGCUGGAAACCAAGUUCCUAGAGAUCGCGUCGCACUGUCGGGCGGUCAUCUGCUGUCGCGUUACGCCACUGCAGAAAGCGAUGGUGGUCGAGUUGAUCAAGAGGACCAAAGACGCAGUGACACUGGCCAUCGGUGACGGUGCCAAUGAUGUUUCGAUGAUAAAAGCGGCUCACAUCGGCGUCGGUAUUUCCGGCCAGGAAGGAAUGCAAGCGGUGCUGGCCAGCGACUACUCGAUAGCCCAGUUCAAGUUCCUCGAACGGCUACUGCUGGUGCAUGGGCGCUGGUCCUAUUAUCGAAUGUGUAAAUUUCUGCGCUAUUUUUUCUACAAAAACUUUGCAUUCACGUUGUGCCAUUUUUGGUAUGCAUUUUUCUGCGGUUUUAGUGCUCAGACCGUGUUUGAUCCAAUGUUCAUAUCCGUGUAUAACCUGUUUUACACCGCAUUGCCAGUGCUAGCGUUGGGAAUCGUCGAGCAGGACGUUUCAGACAAGAAUAGUGUAGAGUAUCCCAAGCUGUACACACCCGGAAUCACCAAUGCCUUAUUCAACACGACCGAGUUCAUCCGAAGUGUGCUUCAUGGAAUUUUUAGCUCACUGAUACUGUUCCUUAUACCUUAUGGUACCUACAAAGAUGGAAUCUCCCCCGAUGGUUACGUACUUAACGAUCAUAUGCUGCUGGGGUCGGUGGUAGCAACCAUCCUAAUUCUGGACAAUACUGCCCAAAUUGCCUUGGACACAUCCUAUUGGACCGUGGUUAACCACGUUAUGAUCUGGGGAAGUUUGCUGUGGUACUUUUUCUUAGAUUACUUCUAUAACUACGUGAUCGGUGGUCCAUAUGUUGGUUCGUUAACGCAAGCCAUGAAGGAAGCUACGUUUUGGUUCACCACCGUCUUGACCGUCAUCGUGCUGAUGGUACCGGUUUUGGCCUCGAGGUUCUACUUUGUCGAUGUGUUCCCUAGCUUGUCGGAUAAGAUUCGCGUCAAACAACGACUGGCGCAACUCCGAUCGAGACAAAGUAAUGACGUCCUGCGGACUCCAUCGGCUCGGCGUGCCAGAAGAUCACUCCGAUCCGGUUAUGCGUUUGCCCAUCAGGAAGGUUUCGGUCGCCUCAUCACCUCCGGAAAGAUCAUGCGAAAACUUCCCCAGGACUUUGCCUUCCCACUGGGUUUGGGCAGUAAGAAGCAACAGCAACAAUCGAACGCGGUCACGGAUGGGGUAACGACCGGCAAAACCAACAAUGUGACCAACGCCGCCAAUGCCAAUAAUACUAGUAACAAUAACAACUCGAACAAUAUUGCUAUCGGUAGCAGUAUUACGACCAACGGCAACCAGAUCACAAUGUUACCCGGAAGCUCGAAUGGCGAUUACAGCCCGCGAGCACCCUGCCAAGAUCUGGACACUAUCAAUCUGUAGUAGGAUCCGCCGUUAGCUUAGUGGAUGCUUGUGAGUGAAUGUGCGAAUUGGUUGCCUGUGUACGAACAUGUAUUUCUGUUUUCUAGUGAAUACAAGAACAAAAGUUACCUGUUUCAGUUAAGCUGAUCUUAAUUAGUUGUAAUUAAAUGAAGCGGAUUUAGUUCCUGAGUUGAAUCAAUUUCGGGAAAAACAACAAAGUUUGGUGCAUCGUGAUUAAUAUAAUUUUACUGAUA